AUGUCUACGGCUACAACUACAUGGUUGAGCUACACAGCCCCCCCUGACUUUCCCCAAGGAGCUCGCGGAUACCUCAAAGGCACCAUACCAAACCUGGCCGCACACCCACUAGCAGCCCCAAUACCACCUUCCCCUUUGACAACCACCCCCAUCAUCACUACCACCACUGCCCUGCCAUCCACUGCAGCUCUGACACCCUGGACCUACGCCUCACCCACAGCCGAGGAAUGGGACAUACGCGAUGCCUGGGCAAUGGGCCUACUCACUUGGAAUGUCAAAAACGUGGUUGGGCUGGGAGUAAAGACUGAUGGGAUGGUGGCGCAGGCCUGGACCUCUCUCAAGUCGCAGUACGAGACAACCUCAGACCUUGCAGCUGUCCUUGCAGACACGGAACUCCACCUAAUCAAGUUCCACAAUGGUGACAAUCUCCCAACCCACAUCGCCAACCUUCGAUCCAAGUGGGCCUACGCCAACUCAGUCGGUGUGGAGAUCCUCGACAGGGACUUCCAUAUAAUCCUGCUCCAAUCUCUGCCACCGACGCCUGUCUGGGAGGCAUUCACAUUGACGCUAUACGAGCUCAAGACAGCUGCCAAAGUUAUCACCCAGAUAACCCUUCACUGGCAGCGCAUCUCACGGAAUAGCACAGUCGCCACCCCAAGAGAGGCCACACCAACGAUGUCUGCUACUGGCCUGGGGGGGGAAAGGCAGGCCAAUUCCCACCUGGCUUCGCAUGGGGGUGCAAGUGGGCCCACCAGCACCUCUACACCUUCAGUGGGCACUCCUACAGCAACUGCGAGCGCUGCUGUCGUCAAGAUGGCCUAUGCACUAAUGGCUAUGACUGGGGGAUGGGAUGAGGGUGGAGGUACCAGAGAGCAUGUCGUCUCCUUCAUACCGAUGGAGGACGAACCUACGGCACUGGCAGCAAUGUCCUCAGGAGGGGGCGAAUUACUCACAUAUGUUAAUUCUGGUGCGAGUGACCAUUGCUUUGCAAAUAAGAUUGAUUUCUCCACUUAUGAACCAUUCCAUGAGUUGCGCAAAGGCCAGGCUGCAUGCUGA